AUGUACUCUGCCGAGCUCGUCUACAUUACUCCCUACCUCAUGUCCGCCGAGAAGCGCCGCGAGGUCAGCCGCAUCAACAGCGCCGCCUCAUCGCGCAAAAACUCUCUCGUCGCCGCCGGCGAGUCCACGGCUACAUCGGCCGUCCCAUCGCGCGCCGCGUCUCCGGCUCCGAAAAAGGAAAAGAAGAGCAAGAAGCACGAUCCCCUGCGCUCGGCCGUCAAGAUGAACAUCAACUCUCGCCUGCUGUAA